AUGGGUACGAAAGGCCUCUGGGGUUAUCUUGAGAGUCAUGGGCUCAUCUCGCAGGCUCGAGGAAAUAAAGGAGGAGAGGCCAUUAUGGAGCCGAAUCAUCUCUUAAUUGAUAUGAAUGCUCUUGUGCAUAGUGUCAUUGUUCGAGAUCAACUCACAUCAAGAAAAGUUAUACAAGAUGUGAUCGCAUCUAUUAAACGAAUCUUGUUGUUAUUUCCCCCUACAGAGACAUUUGCUUUGGUAUUUGAUGGAGCAGCACCUCUUGCAAAGUUGCGUUUGCAGAAAGAGCGACGUGGUGAUAUGGGAAUUCCUAAAGAUAUGUUACAACCUUCAAAUUCAACAGUGGGAUCAAGGUAUAAUCACAAUUAUCAUGAAAGAGAAGUAAAACUUCGGAGAGAAGAAGUAUUGACGGGAUCAGAGUUUUUAUUGGCCUGUGAAGACGCCGUACGAUGUGCACUAACUAUAGAGAGUGAAAAUGGUCAAAGUUUUGUAAAAAACCCGGAUUGUACUAUUAUCAUUAGUGGUUGUACAGAGGCAGGUGAGGGAGAAUUAAAAAUAUCGUCUAUACUACGAGAAAUUUGGAUGAAACAACAACAAACAAAUACUUACACAGGAGAAGAUGUAAUUAUUGUUUUUGGAAAUGAUUCAGAUUUGGCAUUAAUUGGUAUCGCAUGCACUCCAUAUCAAAGUUAUUAUAUUGUUGAUCCAGUAGACUUUGCCAUGACUGAUGUUGGAAAACUUUUUGAACAUUGGAGACGUAGUGUUCCUAAUGGACGUUUACCAUAUGCACUCUUGCCUUCCUAUCGUAUUGAUUUUCUCUUUCUUACAUUACUCAGUGGAGGGGACUGGUAUGAAGGUAUUGGUAAUACCAGUAGACAAUUAUGGCGUCGAUAUCGUGAUCUUCGUUUGAAUGGAGGUUAUUAUAGACGUUCACUCAUAUCUGGAGAAACAUUUGAUAUAGAUAUUGAAUUUCUCCGAUCGGUGAUGGAUGUAAAGACAGGUAUUUAUAGUAAUGGUCACCCAUCAAAAAAUAAACAGAUAACCAUGCGGAAGGUAUCUUCUUUACCACCAUCCUCUGUGGAAGGUGGAGUGGAUUUGUUAAAGGGUGCAAUGUGGGCUCUUAAAUCUAUAGUGGCAGGACAAUGUUUUGAUUAUAACUUUCGCGUACAACCAAAGAAAACGACUAUGGGAAUGCUUAAAGCUGCAGCAUAUAAAAAGAAACUGACGGAGAGUAUUCGUCCAGUAUCCACUUCACCUAUUCCAUUGUAUUCUCCAUUAGAACAAUGCUUAGCAGUAAUGGGUAAACGUGGUCGUUAUUCUCAAGAGCUUAUUCGUGCAGUAGUGGCAGUAGGUGAGAAUGGUGGACAUACGCUUACAAUUUCCCACUCCACAACGUAUUUGUUAAAACAAGUACAUCUCAUAAUAGCAGAAGUAGAUACGGCUAAACUUACUUUGGCGGAACAUGAAUUGUUAAAGGCUCAACAUCGAGUUGUUUCCGUUGAUGGAAAUGAAGAAUAUCCAUCUAUCACAUUCAUGAGCUACAAGUAUUCUUCCUCAUCUGUACCGGCAGAGAGUAGUGAUAACAAGGAAAAUAAUAUAAGCGAUUAA